AGUGCAAUACCUUCUAGCCUCCUCCUCCUUGCAUAGCGAGCCGACAGUCCGUGCACUGGUCUUUCCCGUUAAGGUUUGAGUACGUGACUGUACAACCUUAAUUCUACGGUGCAUGACGUUGGGUGGAAUUUUUGGUAACUAUCUGUAGAGCAAUAGCGAGGAGACUGAGGAUCCGCUGAUCGAGAGAGUGCGAGAGUUGAAAGUGAAAGUCGAUCAGCCGUACUGGCGUUAUGCGGUAGUGCAGUACUAGUGUCAACACACUACAAAUCAUGGAUAAGAGCGAAUUUAGAGCGAUGCUAUUAGCAAUAUCCGACAAACUCGAUAAGGGCAAUUUAGAUAGUUUAAAGUUUUUGUGCAAAGAAAACAUCGGGAGGAAAAAGCUUGAGAACAUCAACAAGGGAAUCGAUCUUUUCGAGUGUCUGAUUGAAAAAGCUGAAAUUGGGCCUGAUAACACGGAAGUUCUGCGGAGACUUUUGGAUCAUAUCGGUCAGAAAGUCUUGGUGCAUAUAAUUGACAACUAUGAGAGACAAGCGACAGGGAGUCCUGCUGAUUUACUGGACGCAAAAGAGCAAGAAAAAAUAAACAUAGCAACAGAAGUAAUGGUUGCACAACUAGGAACAAGAUGGCUUCAGGUUGGAAGAAAACUUGGACUUACCACCCCGAAAAUAGAAGGCAUAAAAGAGAAACACCGUUAUGAUCUAGAAGAGCAGGUGAGGGAGCUCGUCACAGAGUGGAUGAAGAUACGGAAGGACAAAGCCAGAGUCCAGGAACUCAUCCAGGCCCUCCGAGAUUGCAGACAGAACCUUACUGCAGAUCUUGUGGAGAAAAAACUCCAAGAACUUGACACCCCUUGAAAUUAGCUUACUUUACUAUAUCUUGUUUUGUUUUUUUUGUCUUUAAUGUCAUUUUUUGAAGCUGUUGUAUUAUAAACGGAGAGAGCUUUGGGGUAAUAAUGUGAAUUUCUCUUUAAAGUUUAAAUGAGCUGAAUUAAAAUGGUCUGUUUACAAAUUUUCCUGAAUAAAUUGAGCUUGGUGCAUAUUUGUUAAAGGAAAAUGUAGGGUGCAACGUGGCCAAAGGCACCUGUUAAAGAGAGUGAGCAUUUGUUUAUUCUGGUCGUGUAUCGAGAUUAAGAAUAUAAAUGUAUCUUUAUUGAAUAUUGAUGGAGCAACAAACAUUUUUAAUAAUGGUAGGUUGUUUUGGUUAUUUUUCUUUUAAUGGUGGCAUUUGGAAAUUUGGUGUAGAUAUAGGAGCAAUUGUUUUAGGACAAAAUUUGCCAACUUAUGCAAAUACCUUUGUGACAGCAAGUUGUUUUUAUCGGUAACAAAUUAAGAUGCUUUGUCAUAAUAACCACUUUAAAAAGGGCACACCAUUUCCUGUUAAUUUUAAUCACAUUUGGCAUUUCAAAACAUCUCACGUAUUCUAUAAACAAGUGAAUAUACGAGUAAUAAAUAAAAUAUAUUUCCCCCACUAAAGAAAAACAGUGUGUUUUAUGGGGGGGGGGGCUUUAGCCCUGUAAAAGGGAAGCUUUUUACCCAGAAAAACUUGAUUUAGUCACCUUGACCAAAACUGGAAAUGGCAUAAGUAUUUUGUAUCAAAAUAAAUGAUAAUUUCAAGGAUUUUCAUUAGCUACACAAAUUUGCAACAUUUAAAACGACCUCAAAAUCAACUUUUAGGCAUUGCAUGCAAUGACCUCGUGGAUCAGGAAAAUUUUGCCGUGCACAGUGACAAACAGAUGAUUAGGAAAGUGCUGUGGUAGUUUUUGUUGCUCUUUUGUGUUUCGGGAAAAAAUGUAACCAAAAAUUUGUCUUUCCUUUAGCCCCAUUGUACCCUAUUAGUUAAUAUGUAAUAAUUUUAUAUUUGUAAUUUUAUUGCAGGACAUAAAAAUGAAAUAUAUUGAAGUGUCUUAUUAGUAACAUUAGACUCAUUCACUCUUGGCAAACAUCACCUUUUUUUUUUGUUUACCAGUUUAUCAGAACAAAAUUAUUUAGGACUCGUACAACACUUGUAUUUUCUGUUUCAACUGAACUGUGAAGGAAUUUUGUUUUGUGACAUCAGUAUUACAAAUGAAUAAAGGGAUUGGUUGGUAAUAAUUUACAGUUUGAGUAAUGCACCAUGAAGUUUUAAUGCUCUUUGACCAAUACUGUAAUAUACGAUAGCAAUAAUAAAAAUAUCUGAAACCAUUUUACAUAGGUCGGUUACCCUCUAUCAAAUUUAGAGCAUGGACUUUGUUAAACUGCAGUUUCGGUGAAUACUGUGAUUAUAGCCCUGCUUUGCAAUGUACCAAAUGGGUAUCAAAGCAAAGUUGAGUACUCGCAACAGUUACCCAAAACUUAAAGUGUUGCCUCACAAAGGCAUGUGGUUCAACCAAUUUCAGCAAGAAAGCACUUGUGGUGUCUUCUCAGCUACUCCACAACAAAUCCUAAGAGAUUAGAGCAUUUGUGCAGUUUGAGUCAUCUCAGUGGCUGUAUGUUUUCGAUUGAGCUUGUGCAAGCAUGUUAAUUAUUAAUGCAUGGAAUUAUAAAUAUGAUCAGGGUUGGGAGGGUUACUUUUGAAAUGUAUUCCACUACAGAAUACAGAAUACAUGCUAUAAAAUGUCAUUUGUCAUGUAUUCCAUUAGAUUACUCAAGGUCAGUAACGUAUUCUAAAUACUUUGGAUUACUUCUUCAGCACUGGUAGAUUUUUUCACUUUUGACUAUAAAAACUCUGCCAGUACAGUAAGACAAAAUACACAUGUUAAAAAGACAUUCUCUGAAAAACCUAAAUAUCUUAUGCAGUGUUGUUUUGAAAACAAGAUAAAUCUAAUUGAUCUUGUUUUAAUGAUUUUUCGAUAUUUUUACAGGAAAACAAUUAAAAAAUGAUUAUCAAGAAUAUGAUUUUUGCCCUAAUAUCAAAGGUCUUACUAGAAAAAAAGAAAAUAUGAUCUAAGUGAAUUUUCUUGAUAAAAACAUAUGAUCGUGCCUGGUAACAUGUGCAUGUAAAAUGGCUAGAAAUAUUAUUUUAGCUUAGCGUAAAGCUGACAAUUUACACAAGGUUUAUUUCUAUUUCUUCUGCUCCAAACUUACUUCUCUGUCUGCUUGUAUGAAUGUAACACAUCAUAAGAAAGUGUUUCACCGCUGUUCAAAUGCACUUUGGAUCGCAUCAUUUAUAUGUAUAAAUGUUUUCCAUCUGAAAGGACUAAAUAUUAAAUGAAACAAAUGACAAUAAAAUGCAAAGUAAUCUCUUCAGUAAUCAAAAUACUUUUUGAAUGUAACUGUAUUCUAAUUACCAAUGAUUUAAAUUGUAACUAUACAGUUACAAUUUACAGUUACAGUUACGGAAUACAGUUACUUAUAUUUUGUAUUUUAAAUACGUAAUCUCUUUACAUGUCUGGCAUCAACUCACAAUCUUUAAAAGUAACAAAGCAUUUUUGAGCAGGCAGCUAACCUCAUGAUUUCUACAAGCUGUAGAAUUGAAAAUAAAAUCAA